GGCAUCAAGUUAUCAGCAGAGGUCAAACCAUUUGUCCCCAAGUUUGCAGCAGUAACAGUGGCAUGGUCAGAACCCGCAGAAGCAUGUGUCUUUCCUGGCUAUUAUACUACAUGCUACCCAUAUGUUGAGGAGCCAUCAGUGAAUAAACAACAGCUAUAUAUUGAAGAAGUAUCAUGGGACACCUCCACCUGUCUUUCUCAGCGUGCAUCUCAAAAUCUUACAGGACGUGCUUCUCUUGAAGAGUACACCAAUUCUCCUUAUUCUCUUACUGCCGCACCAAAUACACGUGCAGUUUCCAGCUUCCAAAGUCAGAACAGUUCUACUAAACCGGGUAGAGAGUACACCAAACAGACUUCUUCCAUCAGAAAAGAAGGUGCUUGUUUUCCCAGG